AUGUCAAAGUGCUUCACUCCCUCUUUCAUAGCAGCUGUCCGCUGCUGUCGAAGCGUGAGGUACCCAGUACUCCGCGGGCACGCAGCUCUUCAUGCUGGGCCGCCGUCAGCAGCAGAAGCACAAGAGGGGGAGCCUCAAGGGAGCCCCCGCGUGCGGGCUGUGCUGGAGCAGUUGCAGCAUUUGACUUUGUUGGAAGUAUCUGAAUUGGUACGAAUGUCGGAAACGGCUUUUGGUAUCUCCUCAGCAGCAAUGUUUGCAGCUGGUGCCGCACCCGUAGGAGCGGGGGCAGCAGGCGGAAAUGCAGCAGCGGCUGCUACAGGUGCUGGCAUGGGCGGAGAGGGGGCCCCCGCUGCCGCAGAGAAGUCUGAGUUUACUGUGGUACUCAAGUCUGUACCUACUGCGAACAGAAUAACAGUAAUUAAGACCAUAAGAACCAUGCGGAGCGACCUGGAUCUCAGAGCAGCGAAGGCCUUUAUUGACACUCUUCCUCAGAAAGUGAUCGAAAAGGCUCCGAAAGCUGAUGCACAAAAGGCCCUUGAGGCCCUCAAGUCUGCAGGCGCCGAGGUUGAACUACAGUAA